GGCUGUGCUGGAGGGGGCGGUGGGGGCGGGGGUGGUGAUGUGCAGGUCGUGAAGCCGGGCGAACCAUGGACUGGGCCGUCGAGUAGCGGCACAGCGGCCUAGCUCUGGGGCGCAGCCACCCAGCAUGAUGUCCACCAGAGAAUGAAGAAGCAAAACGUCCGGACCUUGUCCUUAAUAGUCUGUACGUUCACAUAUCUUCUUGUGGGAGCAGCAGUCUUCGACGCUCUCGAGUCUGAAACUGAGAAACGACGCUGGGAUGUUCUAGACGAGCUCGAAAAAAUGGUAAUCAAGAAAUACAACAUAUCGGAAGACGACUUCCGCGUGAUGGAGGCCGUGGUGCUCAAGACGGAGCCUCAUAAGGCGGGCAAACAGUGGAAAUUCGCCGGGGCGUUCUACUACGCGACCACUGUGCUCACCACCAUCGGUUAUGGACACUCGACUCCCAACACGGUGGGCGGGAAGUUGUUCACCAUGUGCUACGCCAUUGUGGGUAUCCCCUUGGGACUGGUGAUGUUCCAGAGCAUCGGAGAGCGCCUCAAUAAGUUCUCAUCGGUGGUGAUACGGAACGUGAAGCGCCUUCUACGAUGCAAGGACAUCCAGGCGUCUGAGAUUAACCUGAUCUGCGUGGUGACCACUCUCAGCAGCCUCACCAUCGCUGGGGGUGCAGCUGCCUUCAGCCGUUACGAGGGUUGGACCUACUUCGACUCCGUCUACUACUGUUUCAUCACGCUAACCACGAUCGGCUUUGGUGAUAUGGUAGCACUGCAGAAAGAUAGCGCGCUGGAGACUAAGCCGGAAUACGUGGCAUUUGCGCUCAUCUUCAUCCUGUUUGGUUUGGCAAUAGUGGCCGCUUCACUGAACCUGCUCGUUCUCAGGUUCGUCACCAUGAACACAGAGGAUGAACGACGGGAUGAGGCGGAGGCCCUUCAGGCAGCACAAGGUGCAGUGAGACUGGAGGGUGAUGUUAUCACAGCAAAUGGGUCUAUCAUCAGUGGUCAGCUUGGAGGUGGGGACUCUAAUUCAUUGGAGGAUGGUGCUUCCGUUUGUAGUUGUAGCUGUAGUUGCUACCCAGGACCAGCUGAACAAGCCAAGCACCGAUACACAGUGCGCCGCUCUCCUGGAAAGAUUUCACACCUACUCCCAUUGCAGCCUCUUGGACUCCAGCAGGAAACAAAAGAAAACAUGUGCAGAGACGUGCACAGUCAUCGUGCCUCCAUCUGACAGCUCCUUAAUGCCAGUGUUGCCAAUGGACAACUUUCUAUGGUACUGCUGGUGACUUCUGAAGGGAUGCCAUCUUGUGAAGUGGUGUUCUGAUGCUCAUUGACAUAAUUUUCAAGUUUACAUUUUCAAACAUUAUAAAAUUCGAUAUUUUACAUUUAUUCACUCAUAGUGCAGCUUACAAAUGAAGACUUAUGCUGAACAACUUUCAUAAAAUACUUCCCUAGUUCAAAGACUUUUCAUUGUACUAAUUAAGCACAUGUGAGCCCCAUGUGUCCAGGAAAACAUUCUUGAACCCUUCAAUUUGCAUAACAGUCACAAUGUUUAUAUCUGAGUGGUACAUAGUGCACAGUUUGGUUCCCUGAAAAUGCCCACAUUCUGUCAGUGUUCCAUGUGAAUUGCUGUGCGCAGAGGAAGGUCACGCAGGCUCCUGUAUGUCCCUUCUGUUUCUGAGGCCAUACCUUGGCUUCAGAACUGAAUGGAAGUGACUGCUGUGGAUUUAAAAGAAUUAUUAGAUGUCGGUAUUUAUAAUGUCAGGUUUUGCCACUGUAUAGUCUGUAUCUGAAAGAAGACAUUUUCAGUGCCUAAGGCAGAAGUCACAGAUUUCUUCCCAUCAGGUCUUCACUGUGAUUUUGAUAUCAUGAGCAAUAUAGUUCUAGAGGUCCAGCCAAAUGUAAGGUUGCAGGCAGUCACAGUUGAGCUCAUUCUGGUAAUGUGCUUGCUUAUCAGGCUUGUCACAUGGCUUAGGAGUGCUGAGCUGGGUACUGAGGAUUGGCAGGUAAAGACAAAGGUAUCCCCCCCCUUUUGUUUUCUUUACUGAACUUUUAUUUAAGUCAUUCUGAUUUAGAGAUUUAUAACCGCACAUCGUCAGUGCAAAUAUCACUGCACACACAGUACACAGAUAGUGCAAUAAUAGUCUACCUUAAUACAUGAGUGGGAAGUUGAUUCAGCUCCCUGAAUAUACAUAACUGUCCACAUAUUAAACGAAAACUUAAAAAUGAAACUUAAACUAAGAAUAUAAAUUUUUGUACUGAUAUUUCUUUGAUGCCAGAUAUAGUGGUUAUACAGCCAAGACUCGGUUCUUCCAGAAUUAGCUAGUUUUUGCCCAUGCCAUAUGUAGUGGUUAUACUUCCAGACCUUGUUUGUGAAAACAGAAGAUGAAGUUGUAAUUGGAGGAGGUGUUUUAUUGUCGGAUGUCUAGCCUCUCAUACCACAUAAACUUAUGAAAUGUCACUUCCUUUCUCUGUGCCCAACCAAAUGUCAGUUCAGAGAUGAAGCCCCAAACUUCAAGACUAAGGAUGUGAUAAUGUGCUGCCUGGUUAAGUGUCAUCAUACAUCUCAGGGGGUGAUGGUUCAUGGAAGGAAAACUAAGAACUUGGAUGAGAACCUGCUUCAGUGCCACUUUGUUCACCAUGAAUCUUGUAUAAGAUCAUCCAGGAAUGAACUGGGGGCCCUGCAAUGAGAAGCCAGUGCCUAAUUGCCUGAACUGUGGCACGGUUACAUAAAUCACGAAGGAGAAGGAAACCAUUGUAUGUCAAUAUUUGAGUCCAUUUUCCUCAGCUUUCGCAUGGAAAUGCCAUCCACUUCUUUGGACUUAAAGCAUUUCAUUUAAGGAAGUGUGCUAAUAUUCACUGGUGUUCUCUUUGUUAGAAUGAAUUAUACCACAGUGCCAAAUAUUUUGUGACUUACCUGGUGUUGGUAUGAAUAACCAGCACAUUGUGCAGACUAGCAGUCCUCGAGUAUGUUGCAGUUGUAUGGUAGGUAGACAGUAAGUGAGAUAUAAGUGAAUAAGCACCAAGAUGAGAUAACUGUUCUGUUGUUUUAAAAUCAUAUUUAGGAACAAGUCAUUUAUGGUUGUGCACAGCAAACUCUGUUGAGCUGUACAAUUGGACUGCUGAGCGUUCAACUGAAGCACAGUGCAAGUCAAAAACAAAGCAUGGUUCCAGAUGACAGAAACAGUGUAUCUGUAAAUUGUCACUCAACUUCGUAUAUACCAUAUGAGUUCCACGAUGAUAACUGUUACUAACCAACACAAAAUCAUUUACAUUUUCUUUUUAUUAAGCAUACAUGAAGUGUGUAAAAUUUCAGGCAGUCUGUGUUCAUUAACAAAGGAAGGUCAGACUGCUUUAAAUUUAACUGUAGGACAUGAAGAGUACUGUUCUACUGUCUGGGAUGUGAUGCCUUGUAGGAUGGUAGAAGUUCAUUGACAUUUUACAGGAAUACACUGCCUCCAUCUUGAGGUUUAAAUUGAUGAGCAAGAAGCAGGUGGAAAUCAGAGAUGUGCUUGCGAAACUUUUGCAACAGUAGACAGUUGUUGUUAUUAGCAGUCAGCUCUGCAGAAAGAUCAGGCAUCAAGUGCACUUGAAUAUGGUCUCCUAUGUAUCCAACUGUGAUCAGUCCAGAUUCUAAAGGGUUCUGACAGUGGUGUAUAACACUAAGAUUUACUGAGUUUUUGGACUUUGUCCAUCGUCUUUAUUAUAAAAUACUAGAGAACACAACAUUUUGGAAAGUGGAGCUAUUUCCAUCCUCAAGUGAAGGGGGGAAACACCUCUGUUGGGUCCUUUAGGAAGAAGUAACCUUAGUCUUUCUCUAAGGGACCCACCAGAGUAGGUGUCACCCCCUCAUCUGAGGAUGGAAACAAAUCCACUUCCCAAAACGUUGUGUUCUCUAGUUUCUUAGAAUACUGGACAUUGGACAAAGUCCAAAAAAUGCAGUAAUGCUCUGUGAUCAAUUUGUGUUACCACCGGGUGACAUCCAAGUGAAUUUUUGAAUGUUGUGAUGUAUGAAUAUUGCACUCUUGACUCACUUUUUUGGAUGUGGUAUAGUUUAUUAAUCAAUCUUCAUCAUUAGUAGUUUCAUAUGAAGUCUCAUUCUCAACUAUUGGUUUGAAAAUAUCUCCUCUCCCUACAUUUCCAUUUUAACAAAUUUUAGUGUGGCCCUUAGGAAACUGAUCAAUUGCAAGCUCUAUUUAUCCACUGCUCUUCCUUUUAUCAUUCCUUUUACCUUCAGUUGAGGCACACAAAUUCAGAGUAGUAUCAUCAGACCAAACACUUCUUUGUACUACUUCACAUGACAUCUGUUCACAUACAAAUGCCACCUUAAAUGCCGAUAGGACUUUCUUAUGUCUGGAAAAGACUGUUAUAAAUUUUUACUUCUCUUUUCCAUUUUCUAUAGUUCAGUGUCAUGACUUGUUUCAUAUAACUAAUUGUAAAAAUGCCUUAUAUGGCAAAACCAUUACUGCAAUACCAUCCAUCAGGCAAAACUUUGUAUAUUAACUACACACAAAAAGAAACAAGUUCAUGGCAAAACUGAGGAUCUGUUUUAUCUAAAGAAGAAAAUUAUGACCGAGUCACCUGAUGUGCCAUGAACUAGAAGAAUUUCAGUAAUCUACCCCGGCAAGAUUCAAAGUCUGCUCUGUUGCAGUGGUUACAAGUGAGCCAAUCUAAACACAACAUUUAUAUCUUCCUCUGUAUUUUGGUACUGGCACUUCUCCAUGCCAAAUAUAAUGACAAUAACUUACCGACUUGGUCUUCAAGUUCUUGCUUAUGAAAGCUGAAUGCACCAUAUGAGGAUGAGGUUGGCAUUUACAAGUUACAGGUUCAGGUUUAUGCCCUAUUGAAGUUUUGAGAAUGUGGCAGAAAGACAACCACAGGAUGCCUAUGUAGGUGUCCAAAGAAAUGCCUAAUAUGAACCCAGCCAUUCACUUAAAGGAAAGCACAUUUGGGCUACACAAGUUGUCUUGGAUCCCUUCAAACCAUUUGCUACUAGGGAUUGGACUGAUCCGGUCUCAACCUGGAUGUGCAGAGUAGGAACACCCCGCUGGCUUACAGCUUCUGGGGGGGGGAAUUCCUUCCAUUAUAUUUCUUCUUUCAAUAAAAAUUCAAUCUUCCAUUACUGAAGUAGACCUUCUGCAAGGUAUCUGGAUCCUUUGCCCUUGUGGUUGUUAACAUAGGGUUUAGCUUGCAGUACAAACUGGAGAUGAAGUGAAGGCUUAGCCAUCUUCAGAUCUUCAGAUCUUCAGAUCCAGUCACUGUAUUUUUACCAGCUUGCCUUUUAUCAGUGAUAUUUACCACGAAGUUGAAGGAACUCCUGUUCUGCUGUGAAUAUGUUUACUGCCAUGACUUAUCCUUUUCUAACCCCAACUCUACAGCAGGAAAAUGUUGACAAAGCAUCAAAUGUGGCUCAAACUUCGGCAAUUGAACAGUUAAAUUCACUACAGCAUUGCCUGUAAUGUACACAGAAUUUGUUUCACUGCAGUAAAAAUAUAAGUGAUUCCUCAGUUUUAUAUUUUCAAAUAGUGCUAACUUCUGAGUCUUCCAAUCCUACCAAGAUUUAAUGAUCUCCUUCAUCAGCUCUCAGCACAGUCCAUUUUGAAGCGGCAUUGGCUGACAGUUGGUCAGAUUUAUUGCCUAUUGUAUGAUCUGUUCUACCAUGUGAUUCCUAGCUGUAUUCUAACUGCCUGAGUUUGCAACUGCUCAUAUCACUGAUGUUCACGUGAAGGUCUAGUAACAUUGUCCAUUCACAGGGUUGCUGCACCACAUGUAUGCAGGGCAAGGGUUUUUAAAAUCCUGGUGAGGCUGUAUGUGGGAUCAGUGCCUGUAAUCAUGUAUUAUUGAAGCAACUUAUGGAAUUUGUAGAGAUUAUUUGUACACGUUUAAUUUCAUGAGUCACUCAUUCUUAUUUGGUAUUUUAAGUGAUAUGCGAUUCACAUGUGAAGUUGCCAGUAUCACGUUAUGGAAUGGACAGGACUUAGUGUAUGCAGAUUUCAUACUUUUAAAAACUUACAUUGAUUGAGCAGCAGUUUCAUGGUGUACAUUCCUUUGGGGCUGCUACACCCUGUGCUUCCCUGUGGGGCUGCUGCAUUCUGCACUUCCCUGUGGAGCUUCUGCAUUCUUCACUUCCCUGUGAUGCUGCUGCACCCCAUGCUUCCCUCUGGGGCUGCUGCAUUCUGCACAUCAUUGUGGGCCUGUACUGUAAAGGGGGACCCAGGAAAUGUGAUUGUUAAUGAUGUUUAUUUUUAUAUUUAUUCUACAUAUGAAAUAUGACAAAAGAAAACAAAAGAGAACCACAUAAAAAUGUACAAAUGAUAACCCAAGUUUUUAUGGGAAUUAAGAGCAAAUCCUAGGUGCUUUUACAUGUCUGUUACCAGUGAAUGGCAUGACCAUUUUAAAAUGACAAUGUCUAUCAUGCAUUAUAGCUAUUACCAUGGGAUUACAGAUGGAACUGACACUGGAAUAUCUUGAAUUAAAAAGACUCAUUAAAAUGUUUACUACCAUAUGAGACUGCUCUCUCAUACACAAGGAUUGUGCACCCUCUUUUAAUGGCUACCUCAGCUAUACAAGUCAACAUAUCAAACAGUUCAAAUCAAAACCUAAAAACUAUACUUAAAUCUAACCUAAUCCAAAUACUGAUAUUUCUUUUACAGAAUAUUUAAUGGCUGUACCUUCAAUGUUUGGUCACUUGUGCUGAAGACAGUGUGCAUCAUGUUCAGGUUAUGCUGGCAUGAAGGUAGGAACAGGCCCAUUGUCUGAGUAUAUCUGAUGUACCAGAGCUGUUUUCAAGGGACUCAUCAUCAUUACAUUGACAGAUUAAGACAGUGUCAAUGGUUGAGGCUGAACCCAGGACAUUUUAAAUAUGAGACUAUUACCACCCGUGUAUUGGUAAAUGUAGAAUUCUGGUAUUCAAAAAGCCUGGGUUUUACCUCAGGCACUGUUAUUAAUCAAUCAAUUCCAUCCAAUUCAGUCUAUUUCAAAUUCAAAAAUAGAUCCAGAUACAGGCUGGGAAACAACCAUUGGAUAUAGAAUGAGUCACAGAUCA